AACAUGGCUGGCCAACACAUCCUUCCUCAAGCUUUGUAUCAGAGCAAUAUGCUGAAAGCCAUGAAGAUUAGAGAGAGGACACCUGAAGAUCUGGUCAAAUCUCCCAGUGGAGUAAUUCACCACUUCAGGACUAUGCACAGAUAUACCAUAGAAAUGUUCAGAAUGUGCCAGUUUUGUCCUCAGUUUCGGGAGACACUUCAGAAGGCCCUGACUGACCAGGCCACCCAGACUUCGCUGGAGCGCCAGAGGAAACUCAACUGGUGCAUGGAAGUUCGGAGACUUGUCCCUUUGAAGACUAAUGGUGAUGGAAAUUGCCUCCUGCACGCUGCAUCACAGUACAUGUGGGGUAUUGAAGAUACCGACCUUGUCUUAAGGAAAACAUUGUUUAGUGCACUCAGGGAGAUCGACACACGGAACAUCAAGCUCCGCUGGCAGCAGGAGGCUAUUAAAUCCCAGGAGUUUGUAGAAACGGGACUUCACUAUGACACCCGGAACUGGGAGGAGGAGUGGGAAUACCUCGUUGAAAUGACCUCCCCAGAAACAUCUGGGGCUCGAAACAGGCUUCCAUAUAAUGCACUGGAAGAAAUCCACAUCUUCAUCCUUGCUAACAUCCUCAGAAGGCCAGUCAUUGUCCUUGCAGAUAAAGUGGUGAGAAGUUUAGAGUCAGGCUCCAGUUUUGCUCCUCUGAAUGUUGGUGGUAUUUACUUGCCUCUCCUUUGGCCAGCUGAAGAGUGCUACAGAUACCCAAUUGUGCUUGGCUACGACAAUAUGCAUUUUACACCACUAGUAACUCUGAAGGACAGCGGGCCAGAAAUCCGGGCUGUCCCUCUGGUCACCAGUGAGCGAGGCAGAUUUGAGGACUUGAGUGUGCACUUUCUGACAGAUGCGGAGGAGAGGGAGAAAGAGCAGCUGCUGAAAGACUACUUGAUAGUGAUAGAAAUUCCAGUGCAAGGCUGGGAUCAUGGUACAACUCAUCUAGUUAAUGCUGCAAAGUUAGAUGAAGACAACCUACCUAAAGAAAUAAACCUUGUGGAAGAUUACUUUCAGCUGGUACAGCAUGAGUACAAGAAGUGGCAGGAGAACACUGAACCUGCUAGGAGAGAGACCUGCUCCAGGAACAGACAGGAACUGUCUUUUUCCCAGCUCUCCCUCUUACAAGUGAAAUGUGAAACACCAAACUGCCCUUUCUACAUGUCUGUGAACACCCAGCCCUACUGCCAUGAGUGCUUUGAGCGGAGGUUUCAGGGAAGCAAAGGAAGAAAGCAGACCUCCAAAGCAGCACCUGAGAAACUGAAGGCAGCUGGGUCGGGCUCCUCUCGUGGGGACGUUUGUGAACCUGGGGGAUGGACAUCCGAAGAACCUGUAACAGGGCCUCGCUCUGCACCUCCCACUGCUCCGAGCCUUUUCCUAUACAGCGAGACCACAGCCAUGAAGUGCAGGACACCAGACUGCCCCUUUACAUUGAACGUGCAACACAAUGGGCUUUGUGAACGCUGCUACAACUCCAGACAGCUCGGUACUUGCAACAACAUGGAUGACCGGAGACAUUUAGACUAUGCCACAUGCAAGGUGUGCUGUCAGAAGGCCAACAGGACCUUCAAUGGCAUAUGUAGCACUUGCUUCAAAAGGACUACAGAGCGCUCCUCAAACGGCAGCCCCGCUUUCCAGCCCACGUGCCAUCAGAGAUCGACGUCUGACCCGUCACAGAUCUCGCAGAGCCUCCUUCAGCACUCCUGCCAUCAGGCUCCCAACAGCCAUGGCGAGGAGCCCUCACCUCCAGCGCUGCCUCCCGAAGAGAAGAGGAGAGGUAACCUCUGCAGGAAACCUGGCUGCAAGUUUUUUGGGACAUCGCAGAACGAGGGCUUUUGCACGCUGUGUUUCUUUGAGUAUAGGGAAAACCACGGUAAAUCUCAGAAGUCCUCAGCAGCAGGUCAGCCAGGCACCUCUGCUGCUGCUUUCCGUAACACCGUGUCCUGCCAGCGGCGCGACUGCGGCACCCUGGGCAGCACCAUGCUCGAGGGGUACUGCCAGAACUGCUUCAUUAAAGCCCAGAGCCAGCGAUUUCAGGAAGCCAGGAGGAUGGAAGAACAGCUGAGAACGGGACAGCACAGAGAUCUGCAGCGAGCAGCAUUGAGUAGCCAGAAGAGACACUGUGCUGUGGCUUCAUGUAGAAACAACCUGGCCUGCCAAAGCAAUGACUUGUGCCCGGAGUGCCAGCGCCUCUCAGGGAGUGCCAGGGACCCAGCUGCCGAGGAGACGCCGAAGCAACGAUGCCGAGCCCCUGCUUGUGAUCACUAUGGCAAUGCCAAGUGCCACGGCUACUGCAAUGAAUGCUACCAGUUCAAACAGAUCUAUGGCUAG